CCUUGGAUCUCCUAAACCCUAACAUUAAUGAGAGAUGGAAAAUACCACCACCUUUCGCCUUUCUAUUUUGAGGAAUUCCACCCAACCCCCCAGCAGUUACGACUCAAAAGAAAAGCAGAUUCUUUAUAUUUUUUCCAUCAUAAUCUUCUCUUUGACCUUUCUGCUCGGGACUUCAGGCAAUGGACUGGUUAUCUGGAUUACAACUUUGAAGAUGAAGAAGACAGUCAACGUUAUGUGGCACUUAAAUUUAGCCACAUCUGAUUUUAUUUUCACCUUGUUCCUGCCUUUCACGAUUGCCAACACGGCCCUUAAUCAUCACUGGCCAUUAGGGAGGUACAUGUGCAAGUUAAACACCAUGCUCAUUAAUCUGAACUUGUAUGCUAGUGUCCUACAACUCACUGUUAUCAGUAUUGAUCGCUGUAUUUCCAUAGUUUACCCUGUGUGGUGUAGGAACCAUCGAACUCCCAGAUUGGCAUCUUUUGUUGUUCUAGCUAUAUGGAUCUUAGCUUUAGUUUUCAGUUCACCUUUCUUUAUAUUUCGAGAUACACACAGUUUUAAUACAAAAAAAACGUAUUGCAUUUAUAAGUUUGAUGGAGAUAAUCUAAGGUCCGAGGUGGCAUCAUCAAGAGAAAUGGGUUUAUUGGUCACACGAUUCAUCAUCACUUUUUUUAUCCCUUUCACCAUCAUUGUGUCAUGUUGCAUAAUAAUCAUGUUCCGUAUCCAAAGGAAUAACAUGGCUAAGACCAGUAAGCCCUUCAAGAUUAUUGUGGCUGUCAUCAUUUCCUUCUUUGUGUGUUGGUUUCCUUAUCAAGUUUUUGCCCUCCUGGCAAUGUCUGUAAAGCGCACCAAGGAUAAUUGCCUAAAACAUGUGAUAGCAGUUGGAUAUCCCUUAGCCAGGAGCCUGAUGUAUAUCAACAGCUGUAUUAAUCCUAUUCUCUAUGUCUUUGUGGGUCAAAAUUUCAAGGAAAAGUUUUGGAGGUCCAUUCAUUCUGUGUUUGAGAAUGCCUUUGUGGAAGAAUAUACCAAGUCAUAUUGUGGGGUUGAGAAUGUCAUAGUAGCAUCUUCAAAUGUUUGAUCAUCAGCAGAAUAAAUUUAGUACUGUCCAUGAUAAUUUUUUUUAUUUGCACUAA